UCUCUCCUCAGUGGACGUUGAGACGACCAGCAAGUUUGUUAGUGAGGACUCCAAAUGAAGGGGCGCAGAACGGAAUCCCCGGCUUUUUUUUCUUCAUACCCCUUGACGUUGAUGGAUAUCAUGAAAUUUGAGGGUCCAGUUUAACUCGGUGAAAAACCACCGUGGGAAAACAGAACUUUAGAUUAGCCUACCUUUGCUUUGCCAGUGCUGAUUAAUGUGUUAAAUUAAGGGACAUGCGGAGCUGCGACCUGAGAAGAGAACUGAAGUCAACACUUGAAAGAUUGCUCUUUAGGUAAUGCGAUCCGGAUUUCCACACAGCCAAGGUGGGGCCUAUUCUGUGUUUCAAGACUGGAGUAACGUGGGUGUUUUCCGAUUACCACAAGACAUCAAUGUUACCCCCGUACCAGUUGUUCACCCUGAAAUUGGAAUACAAAACAACAUGGUAGUCACUCAAAAUACUGAGGAGCAUAGGGUGACUUACAGUCAAGUUCCGUUGCAGCAGCAAGAAUAUCGAUCACAAAGACUUUACCACCAACAGGAGUCACAGGGAACCAUAAUAGGCUCUGGAUUUCAGCACCCAAGACCUAGGGACGGUGCAUGUAUUUUUCAAAACAUGCAAAAGAGCAGAAAAGAUCAUGAUGAUUUUUAUUCUGCAGCACCCGUCGCCGCACAUCACAGCAGAUAUUUUGGGACAUUGGCCUAUGAAAACUCUGUAAGACAAUCUGAUAGUAACAGUUGGCAACAAAAGGAACAUUCCAAGCAAAAUGUCAGUUGGCAUUUCAAGAAAAAGUUGCAUCAGAACCAUGAUACUGGACUGCAGCUACCUCAGGAUAAAGAUCAGCGUUCUUCUGUGGCUGUGUGCAACAAUAUUACAUCUUUGCCUCUGCUGGAAGCCUUACUAAAAACAAACUCUUCAGAACUGCCUUGUUCAGAGGAAACAAAUGGCAACAUUGAACUCCACACUAAUACUAAUUAUUUAAACAAAAGACUCUGCCAAAGUCUGCAAGUCAAAAGUUUACUAAAUGUUCUAAACUGUGGACAGACUACAACACAAAACCUUGAUUAUUCAAGAGGAACACCUUCAACCCCCUAUCAACAGCAGGUCUCCUCCCGCUGUAUCAGUAGUCGGCCAUCCACAGACAAACUCGUGUCAGCUGGAAAAACGCAUCCACCUACAGAUAUAGAAAUCCAAGACUUUGUUGCACAAAAGCUCAUUUAUUUUAGGUCUAUUUUACGUCUGAAAAACAAUAAUCCUGGACAUACAAAUAAGGAUUUGGACAGGAACUCAACACUACAGCCUGACCGCAUCCAGCCAAAGGUAGACAGUGUUGCCCAUCUCCCUACAACCUCUGCCAAAGAUGUGGACAGCCAAAGUCAAAUCUGGGAGGCAAAUGAGCAGUGCAAAGUUGGACAAGCACUUAAACAGGACAGUUCAAAUGACAGCAAAGUAAAUGCCAAGUCAGUACUCAAGGCUAAAGACACAGGCGAUUGUGCUACAUCUGCAUCAGAGAAACAUUCAAAAGGUACAGCAGUCUCUGUUGUAGAACAUUCUAAAUAUCCUUUAAAAAAUGCAUCUGUUGACAAGAGUGCAUCAGUAGAUUUUGAUUUGUCUGUAAAAAAACAUUUGGAUGCAACUAUGCCUGCAGAUGACUAUUGCAAACAUGUUUGUUCAGAUGACUGUGAAGAUGAAACAUGUGUCAGAAAAGAAUAUGGUUUCUAUAGUAAAGGGUGUGAUAAGUACAUACAGAAUGGUCUGAAAACCAUUCAUUAUUCAUUAACUGCACUGAAGGAGCUCAUUGCUAGUCUGGAAAAUGUAGAGGAUAUUGCCGAGAUGGAGAAUCUUUCUAAAGUCAUACUGCAACAAUACUGGAAUGGGAAUAUAGAUAACAUUCAUCUCUUUACAUCCACAGAAUAUCCACGAAUAAUGAUGGACGUUGCUGCCACUUGCACAGAGAAUGAAGAUGAGAGUCCAGUAGUUCUCACAGCUGUGCAUGAACUGACUGAGAAGGAAGAGAGUUUACCUGAUGUCUCAGAGGAUCUUCAAACCAAGUCGAGUUCAGAGGCAUCUGAAAUCCAGUUGCAAAUACAAAAUAAAAGAAAAAAAUUGAAGCUCACCGACAGUUUUACCUGGAAGGAAGUAAAUCCACAUUCUAAGCUAAAUUCAACAGAUGAUAGUAUUCAGAUUCAUAAUGUAGUAUCACUUUUUCCUUUAAGCCAAAGUGAAGGUGCGUGUGACGAUGCAGGUUCUGUUCGUUUACAAACUGAUUUAAGCACAGGACAUUCUGAAAACAAAGAACGGGCCCCUUUUUCUGAAAGCAGGGUUGUGAAAAUUCUACAAUAUGAAGACAUUUCAGAUGAUGACCCCUCCCAGCUGGCCACAAAGCUCCCAACAACAGAACAAUUUCUCGCAGCAGGUUCUGAGGACCCACAGUAUCGAUAUAUCAGUGAUGCUGAAAAUCCCCAGAGAGAGUCUAUGGCUAUGGAGACAUCUUCACCUGCACAAGUAGCUGCACCCAACAAUACUCAGUCACCAUUUGAAAAUGAAGGCUAUGGACAUUUGCAGGGACAGACUCAGACAAACACAGUAACCAUUUCAGAUGAACUGGUUCCAAAGAAGCAGGUUUCACCUGACACUGAAACACAGGAUAAAGCACAUUGUUCUUACACUUUUGUUGAAACUGGUCCAUUAUACCCUAAAUGUGACAGUGGUCCUUUUUCUGAAGAGGAGACUGAUGGUGAUGAUGAUGAUGAUGAUGACUGGUUAUUCAUACCUAUAAGCAUAUCAGACCUUAAAUUAAAAUCACAUAAUAAAGACCAGGAUAGCCCAGAAAGAAGUGUGCUAGAUGGUGGGGAAAGACAUUGUGACACAAGCCCAACAUACUGGACAUCUCCAAAACCACUACCAGCUUCUUCUUCCCAGAUUGAUACAUUUGACACUCUUGAAAGCUUUAAGCAAGCUUUCAGGAGCACACCUGAGCUUGAAAUGGACUCUAGAAAACUAGAAACAACUGAGAACAGGAGAGAGUCUGUAGACAGCUGUGAAACUGAAGACAGUUGUGAUUACUCCUCUGCAUCAGAACACAGGUAUUUGACAGUGUCCAGGAUGAGGUCAGCACCUCUGCCCUCAGAGACGAUUGAGUCUGAGGGUGAAGGCAUUGAGGUUACAAACAUGCCAAUAAGUCAAAACAAGAGCUUGGGUAAGUCGGGCAUGAAAAGAUUGACCAAUGGACAGAAUAAUCCAAGAAAGGCUGACAUUAUAAUCCUUGAUUCUGAUGAUGAAAGUGACCAAAAUUGCAAAAAGAAGGCUGAAACCAAAGGAAGGCCUAAAGCUAUGGACAGUCAGUGUGGUACCGUUACAAAAAAGUGUGAAAGAAACAGAGUUGCACCCCAGCACCACCCUGUACAUCAUGACACACCGUUUGAAGAAGUGAUGCAGGAUGCUUGCAUUGACCUGUCUCCCAGCACAGAGACGAUUGGGCAGCUGAUUGAAACCAAAGCUGUCUCUGAGCAUGUUCAACGAAAGACCAAAAGAAAAAGGAUUUCAAAAGAAAAAAGUGUUGUAAUCAUUGACUCUGACUCCGAUACAGACGAUGACUCCUGGAUCAGCUGGCAUUGUUUUUGAAUGUCUUGUGUCAACGAGAAACAAAUAUUUUUACGAGCUACCUCAAAAUGUACGAAAAUACAGCAUUAUGUUGAAUAGCUUUUUAUUUUAUCAUCUAAAACUUGAAACUUUACAGACAUUUUAACCUUUUUUUUAAUAUGUCACAUUUUUGGAUACUGUUUUUUAUGUUUAAACUAUAGACAAUGUUGUAUCACUUUUUAAAACGUUAAUGUGAAAAUGCCUAAGAAGUCAUAAAUGGAUUCAUUGCU